AUGAACUCAAUACGAAAGGCCGAAUCGUCUCCAAAGGGAAAAUUCGCGCGAGAUUUCAUAUCCACUCAUGCAUCGGAGCAUCAUGAAGCGUUUCAGAGGCGCGCCUACUUCGAUGCCCAACGACAAGAGUAUGUAGAAUAUGCCCCGCAUCGUGACUUGGCAGCGGCACUCGAACGACGUAGGGAGAAUGGAGAUUCAUGCUUCGACGCCGUGGGGAAAUGCACAUGGGCUGAUGUGCUUGAUGAGAUGAGCAGGGCUGAAGAAGAGUACUUUUCUAAAGGCCGAGGCUCAAAGAACAUUGGUCGGAGAGCAUUGAGGAAAGCUGGAGACUAUGCUUCCGCUAUCAGCCCGUGGUUUAACUUAGUUCCCGAUGACGAUGGCAUGAAUGUCCUGAGUGGCGGUCUUAGACUUGUCUUUUACAUUGCCAGGAAACAGGCCGAAGCCCGAGAAAAGAUCCUGAACACAUUUCGGGAUUUUGUAACAAUUCUCGACGCAACGCAAAUCAAACGGCAAAUGUUUAGGUCCAACGAAAAACUCCGAUCAUGUGCAUUAGACUUGUAUGAGGCCGCUCUGACUGCUAUUACGAAACUGAUCCAUCGAUUGAACCGCUAUCAUUGGUGGGAUCAAGCUCCAGCAUUCGCCUCGGCGCCUAUCUUUUCCGCAGCAAUUGACGAUAUAUUAUUCGACGUUAAUAAAAGACUAAAUGACCUGCACCGGUGUCUCGACGAUAUACGUGACCAAAAACUCAAUACUAUUCACCAAAAUGUUAUCUCAAGUCAAACAGAGUUGCAUGCAGUACGCCUGAAUACCAAAACAAUUGAAAUUGAUGUUCGAAACUUGAACGACGAUUUUAAUCAUUUUGCGCAGCAGGCUCAAGUUGACCAGGAGAAAAUUGAUAGUAUACAGAGUGGGGUUGAACGGAUUAACGAAAAUAUCGAUCGCUUGCUGACGGAACAUGCACUUGACGCGAAGACCGGGCUAUACCAUAUGCUUUUGGAUACCAUUCGAGGUACAGCACCGAUUUCAUACGAGCAGCAUAAGACCGCAUCCCAGAGACCUAAUUCCCCCAAAUAUCGCAUGCUGCAACUACCCCAACUGUUAGAAGCAUUACAAAUAUUUUAUAUGAGACCGACGCAAGACCUCGAAUAUGUGGCUCGACAGGGGCAUACCUUUGAUUCGAGAGCCCAAAUGCAGGCUCAGAGUCUAACAAAAACACCUGAGUUCGAACGUUGGCUUACCUCACAUCGGCCGGACCUGCUUCUUGUUGACGGGAACGCAUAUAUCCCGGGCCCGGGCCGUAUUUCGGCCAUGUCAGUAUUUUGCGCAGUCUUGGUGCUUGGUCUGAUGAAAAGUAAGAAACACAUAGUGCUACACUUUUUCUGUGGCCAGCACACAACCUCCCAAGACAAUAUGAGCGGACCGAAGGGACUCAUGCGAAGUAUAAUCACGCAAUUGCUAUAUUGUGGAAAACAAUUCGAUAUCGACUUCAUCGAUUCCCGGACUUAUCGCGAGUCACUGGAAGCACAAUCUCUUCCGCAUCUUUGCGACAUAUUCUGUAAACUCAUUGAGCAACUUCAACUCGACACGAGUGUGUUCUGUGUCGUUGACGGGGUCUCCCUAUAUGAAGGAGACCACUGGCUCGAUGAGCUUUGCUGCGUAUUUGAGACAUUAAAUGCGCUUGUCGAAAACGAGCACCUGCAGCCGAUAUUCAAAUUAUUACUCACGAGCCCCUUUGCUAGCCGGCAGCUUGGACACCAAACCGCGGCCUCUCGGAAGGUAGUUCUCCGGAAAAGCACUGUGAAUGGUAGACUUAUCUCCGAAGCAUCCGUUUGCAAGAACUGGGGAGGUCGAGAGCGAUGCAGAGCCCCCUCAUCGGAUGUACAAGUAGAACAUGGCGAGACUUCGGAUGAAGAUGAGUAUGAAUGA